UCCACAGAAAAAAAAUCCACAUUCUUUGAAUAUGUUUGAAAAGAGCUGUGUAGUAUCAGUUUUGGUGAUAGCUACCAUAAAUCAUGUUUUUUGUAGGGUAGAUGUAUUAGACUUGGGUUCCAAAAAUGCUGUUUGGACUGUCGAGAACAAAAAUGGAAGUCAAAAGCUACCUGCCACGGUGCCGGGCGGCAUCUAUUCGGACCUACAAAAUGCUGGAAUGAUCGGAGACAUCUUUAGUGGGUUUAACGACGUCCUAACGCGAUGGGUUGCCUACGAUACAUGGACUUACACGGGGAGAUUUUAUGUAAAUGAAGCCCAAAUGGAAACAAAAACAGCGCAUUUGGUAUUUCACGGUUUGGACACUGUAGCGUUUGUUCACCUUAAUGAUGCCCCAAUUGGAAGCACCAAUAACAUGUUCGUGAGAUACGUUUUCGACGUGAAAGAUCAUUUGAAGGCGGGAGAGAACGUGCUAAAAGUGGAGUUCACAUCACCCAUAGAAGCAGCUCGCGUUUUGUCUGACAAUCAUUUCACCGCUCCUGAUUGCGUGCCGUCUGUAUACAAAGGGGAAUGCCAUGCCAAUCAGCUAAGGAAGAUGCAGGCAUCUUUCUCCUGGGACUGGGGACCGGCGUUCCCCUCUGUUGGAAUCUGGCAACCAGCAACUAUAGAAUUUUACAAUGGUGCAAUCAUAAGAUCAGUUACAACAUUUACAGAGAAGGGAGAUACGAAGUGGCGUCUUAAAAUUAAGACUUAUUUAGAAUCAAGUCUUUCUACCAAACAGCUUGAGGGCCACCUCUCUGCUGUGUUAUCGGUAGAAGGGCGUCAAACUAUAAGAGCUCAAAAGGAAGUGAAUGUUCAUACUAAAGAGGAUGGAACCGCGGAAUUAGACAUAGACAUGGUUGUAAAUGAGGACCUUAUAAAACUUUGGUGGCCUAAUGGAUACGGAGAGCAGAAUCUUUAUGAUUUACGUGUGUUUUUGUCAACACAAGGAGCCAGGGAAGAGGUAUCAAGAAAGCAUGUUCGAAUUGGUUUCCGAACUAUUGAAUUGAUACAAGAGGAUGCUUCAAGAGUUCUCGGUAAUACAACUGCUGGUCAAGGUUUGACAUUUUACUUCAAGAUUAAUGGCUAUCCGCUGUUUAUGAAAGGUUCCAACUGGAUUCCAGGUCACAUUUUACCUGAAUACGGAGGUGACAAAUCAUUAGUUGAUGGACUACUGACAGCUGCUAGAGAUGCACACAUGGCAAUGCUGCGAGUGUGGGGAGGUGGUAUUUAUGAGUCGGACUACUUUUACCAGAAAUGUGACGAGCUGGGUAUUUUAAUUUGGCAGGAUUUCCUCUUUGCAUGUUCCAUGUAUCCAGCAUAUCCUGAAUUUUUAGAUAACGUGAAGAUUGAGAUACUGCAAAACGUUAUUCGCCUCCAACACCACCCUUCUAUCGCUCUGUGGGCUGGUAACAAUGAGAAUGAAUCAGCACUACGAGAUAACUGGUAUGAUACUUUAUCCCAGUUCGAAAAAUACAAGGAAGAGUAUAUCAAACUAUAUGUAGAUACCAUAAAACCUAUAGUUACAGACGUGGACAAUAAAGAAUAUAUAGUUUCAAGUCCAUCGAAUGGCCUGAAAUCUGAACAAGAGGGAUACAUAGCGGAAGAUCCUUCUGAUUCAUACUAUGGAGAUCGUCAUUACUACAGCUAUACAUCAGACAACUGGGAUAUGAAUACUUAUCCUCAAACAAGAUUCGCUUCAGAAUAUGGCUUCCAAUCACUGCCCUCUGUUGCAACAAUGAGAACUGCUACAAAAAAUCCUGAAGAUUUCCGUGUAGAUAGCGAAUAUUCAAAACACAGGCAACACAGUCCCAAUGGUUAUACAUACAUAGCAGAACAGAUGAAGAAACAUUUAAAACUGGAUGAGAAUGACCCAAAAUAUUUCGAUAAAUUUGUGUUUCAGAGUCAGAUCAGUCAAGCAAUGGCAAUAAAAGCAGAGUCCGAGUUUUACAGACAGGGCCAGGCAGACUGGUAUACUAUGGGGGCGCUCUACUGGCAGCUGAACGAUGUGUGGCAAGCGCCUUCCUGGUCUGGAAUUGAACAUGGAGGAAAAUGGAAGAUGCUGCACUACUAUGCCAAAUGGUUCUUUGCCCCCAUCUUGGUUUCCCCAAGGCCAUUGUUGAGCGAAGAUGUUGAUGUUUACCUUAUCAAUGACAGAUUUGUGCCUAUAGUCGAAGCCCACAUCAUUGUCGAGGUUUUCAACUGGAGCAGUCUAACACCAAUCAGGUCUCAAUCAUAUCCAGCCAAUGUAGACGCACUGUCAGCUAAGAAACAAGAUAUUAAAUUAACAACGUUGGAUUUGAAUACAGAUGAAACCUUCUUGAGAUUUACACUCACAGCUCCGGGUGUACCGUCGUCGCCAUACAACUAUGUGUUCCCUAAACCGUUUAAAUCUAUCUCAGGGUUGAGGGAACCAAGAAUACAGAUAAAUGUGUCGCGGCCUAGAAGAACUGGACAUUAUUUCUAUUAUCCAGUAGAUAUACAAGUGGAUACAGUAGUACUAUUUCUUUGGCUGGAAACUAGUGAGGCAUUUAAUGAUCAUCACAGCGGCUAUUUUGAAGAUAAUGGAGUCAUAAUCGCCAAUCCUUACCUUAGAACCAACUUUAUUAGCAAAGAUGUAUUGUCGCCUAAAUAUAUUGAGAAUGCAAUAACAUAUCAAUAUUAUAUGAAUUAAGAUAAAUUAUAGGCGCGCAGUGGAUUCUUUCUGUUGUGUGUGUGAAAAAAUGUGUAAGAAAUACGAGAAUAUUAAAAUGUAAAAAUAAUAUUAAUUUACAAAAUUAUGUAAAUAUUUAUAUAGAUAAAAUUAAAACUAUAUUUUAACAUGCA